GGAUGUAUAUUCCACCAAAGGGAAGCUCUAGUUUUGAUGAAAAGGUAAACUCGAGAGAAAACCGGGCGCCGGAAGCUGAGGUUUGGAAGAGACAAAGCACCCGGUCCUGGUAGAGCUGAGAAAAUGGCAUGGAGAGGACAGCUUUCUAAGAACCUGAAAGAGCUUCGAAUUCUGUUAAGCCAAUCUUCCCGUUCAAGUUCGACUACUAGAACAUUUAUAGAGAAGAAUUAUAAGGAUCUCAAAACCCUUAACCCAAAACUUCCCAUCUUGAUCCGUGAAUGCAAUGGAAUAGAACCUCAGUUAUGGGCUAGAUAUGAUUUUGGUGUUGAGAGGGGCUUUCGGUUGGAAGGUUUAAGCGAGGCCCAGAUCUCGAAGGCCCUAGAAGAGCUUGGGAAAGUGGGCGCAUCGCUUAAGGUUUGAUUUCGGUGCUGUUCAUCCCUAUGAAAUCAAAUAAAUUGAUAUUCUGGGAAGAUCUAUUAAGUCUGCGCUCUGGUGUUCUCUUUUAAGAUUCUUAUUUGGGAGUUUGGCAUCCCGUAAUCGUUGUCUUUGAGUUUGAUCGCAAUAAUAACAUGGCAUAAGCAUGUUUCCUUCCUGUGGAAUAGCUAGCGUUGGCAUUCUUCGUUCUGGUAUGGAUAUGCAGCACAGCUUUUAGUUCUGUCCAAAUUGGACAGGACCUCGAAUCUGCAAAUCUUAAAUGGUCAUUUUCCAUUUUACCUCUUAGCAUUUGUUUGGAGUAUGCUAUGGACUGUCAACUCCAACCAAACAGUUGGUGGCAAAUGGUCUUUCCUGAAGACACUCUGUGAACAUUGACAUGUUCGAAGCUUGUCUUUUCCAUAUUUCCA